CUCCCCCUGCUCUCUCUCUCCAGCGAGUCUGUUACAGUGGUCUGAUUGUGCGUGUCGCGCUCCACCUGCAUCCUUUCUAAACCGCGAGAGGAGUCUGCAGCUCCAGUAACGCACAGAGCAAAGCUCGGAUGAGCCGCUACUCGCAUCGCGCAGACGUGCCUGUCAACUCCUUAUCCAGCCAGCUCAGCCCCAGCAACUCAGGUGCCUUUGAGAAGCACUUUAAGAGAAAAGGAUUGAACAAACUAGAAUGGGAAGAAGACAGACAUGGGUGAGAAGAACAGGACUCAUGGGGAAAGCGCACGGGACAGCGCAUCUGCCAUGACAUUAUGAGCCUUUCACAUGCUGGACAUCAAGAUGCAGCCACUGUGGAGGUGCGAUACAGGUGGUGCCUUUAGCCGAUUCCUGCGGUCGCCAUGGACACCUUUUUCAGACGGCACUUUAAGAGGAAGAAAGUGGGCAGGGCGCCAGCAGGAGGGGGUGGAGCCGAGUGCUGCCGGCACAAGCGGCCCGCCGUCGCCGUAGCCACCAGCAAGGCCCGCCGGCGGUCCAGCGCCGGCUUGCCGUCAUCCAUGCUGGCCCAGCGGCGGCGCUCCAGCGUCCAGCUGCAGGCACUGCACCAUGCCCCGGUGGGCUGCUGCUUGGGGGGCGGGGCCUGCCACGGCCGCCGCCGCUCCAGCACCACCGCGCCCAGGCUCCAACCCCGCUUCGCCGUCCGCCGCCGGAGACCGGGCAGGCCGCGAACCAUUGACGCCCACCUGCUGGGCUCGUCCCUGCUGCUGGCCAGCCUCGUCCGCAUGACGGAGGAGGAGGAGGAUGGCGGGAACGUGCGUACGCUGCUGGGGGAGCCGACAGAGGGCUGCAGGGACGCUCCGUCCCUGUCCGACUCGGACGGCGACAGCGGCGGGGACUGGGACAGCAGCAAUGAGGACGACGGCAAAACGGAAUGUUCUGGAGAAGAGGAGGAGGCGGCGAGCGAGGGCGGACCGCCAGAGCCGAGCGACUUGGGCCGAGCGAGCGCCCUCGAUUGCCAAUCAUCGCCAGAGGACGGCUCUGCCACGAGGGACCGGGGCGCCACUCCCGAGAAAGAGGAGGAGGAGGCACGGGAGGAGGAGAAGGAGAGCAAGCACCCACACUCCCGGGCCUUGAUCCGCACCCCUCGCUGCCUCCGCCGAAACUCCUCCCACCCGCAGCUGGCCGAGGCCUUCCUCUCCAGCGCCCCGUACGCAGGGCACCGCCGUGCCCAACGGCACCGCGCCACGCCGAUCUCAAAGGCCCGCGGGCCCUGGCCCAGCAGGGGGGGGCCCAGCCGUAGGCGUCCCUCGCUGUCCCCGUACCAGACCUGCUCAGCUUGCUGGAGGCUGGGCUCCCCCAGACGGGGGUCCCUGAGCCCCCUGCAGGGAACCUACUACGACCCCCAGCUGGAAACAUGGAGUGGGUUCCUCUCGAAAGCCAUCGCAAAGUCAGGUCUACAUCACCUAGUUGCCCAGCCCAGUGCCUUGGCCACUGCUAAGCACAACCCUGACCGGGAGAUACCCAGCUGUGUGGACUGGAGUGAGAACGCCCUUUAUGGGGAACACAUCUGGUUUGAGACCAAUGUCUCCGGAGACUUCUGCUAUGUUGGAGAACAAAACUGCAUUGCCAAGACUCUGCAAAAAUCUGUAACCAGGAAGAAGUGCGCUGCCUGUAAGAUAGUGGUCCACACCAUCUGCAUCGAACAGCUGGAGCAGAUAAACUUUAGGUGUAAGCCGUCAUUUCGGGAAUAUGGAUCACGGAACAUAAGGGAGCCCACCAUUGUGCGGCAUCACUGGGUCCACAGACGACGACAAGAAGGGAAAUGCCGGCAAUGUGGGAAGGGUUUCCAGCAGAAGUUUGCCUUUCACAGUAAAGAAAUAGUAGCUAUCAGCUGUUCCUGGUGCAAACAGGCAUAUCACAGUAAAGUGACGUGCUUCACGCUGCAGCAGAUAGAGGAGCCCUGUUCUUUGGGGGCGCACGCUGCUGUCAUUGUCCCACCCACCUGGAUCCUUCGUGUCCGCCGGCCUCAGACAUCACUAAAGUCAAGCAAAAAGAAGAAACGGACCUCAUUCAAGCACAGGCCCAGCAAAAAGGGGUCUGAGGAGUCCCGAUGGAAGCCCUUCAUUGUGAAGCCCAUUCCCUCUCAGCUCAUAAAGCCCUUGCUGGUCUUUGUCAACCCAAAGAGUGGGGGAAACCAGGGAGCGAAGAUAAUCCAGUCCUUCAUGUGGUACCUCAACCCUCGACAAGUUUUCGACCUGAGUCAGGGAGGCCCCAAAGAAGGGUUAGAAAUGUACCGUAGAGUUCACAACCUGCGAAUCCUUGCCUGCGGAGGUGACGGAACGGUGGGCUGGGUCCUGUCCACACUGGACCAGCUGCAGCUGAAACCUCAGCCUGCUGUGGCCAUCCUGCCCCUGGGGACUGGGAAUGACCUGGCCAGGACCCUCAACUGGGGCGGGGGGUAUACCGAUGAGCCUGUGUCUAAGAUCCUCUCACAUGUGGAGGAUGGCAAUAUCGUCCAACUGGAUCGCUGGAACCUCAUGGUGGAGCCCAACCCAGAGGCUAGCUUGGAAGAGAAGGAUGAGCAUCAGACAGACAAGCUUCCCCUGGAUGUCUUCAACAACUACUUCAGCCUCGGGUUCGACGCACAUGUGACCCUGGAGUUCCACGAGUCUCGAGAGGCCAACCCAGAGAAGUUCAACAGCAGAUUUCGGAAUAAGAUGUUCUAUGCAGGGACGGCUUUUUCAGAUUUCCUGAUGGGCAGCUCCAAAGACCUGGCCAAGCAAAUCAAAGUUGUGUGCGAUGGCACAGAUCUCACCACCAAGGUCCAGGAUCUCAAACUGCAAUGCCUAGUGUUCCUCAACAUUCCCAGAUACUGUGCUGGCACCAUGCCCUGGGGUAAUCCCAGCGAGCACCAUGACUUUGAACCUCAGAGGCAUGACGACGGCUGCAUCGAGGUCAUCGGGUUCACCAUGACUUCUCUGGCCACGCUGCAGGUUGGAGGUCAUGGCGAGCGGUUGAACCAGUGCCGGGAGGUCACCCUGACCACUUACAAGCCCAUCCCCAUGCAGGUGGACGGGGAGCCCUGCAAGCUGGCCCCCUCUGUCAUCAGCAUCUCCCUGAGAAACCAGGCCAACAUGGUCCAGAAGACCAAGAGGAGAACCUCCAUCCCCCUGCUCAAUGACCAGCAGCCCAAUCCUGAGAGGCUUCGGAUCCGCGUCAGCCGCAUCAGCAUGCACGACUACGAGGCCCUGCACUACCGCAAGGAGAAGCUGAGGGAGGCCUCAAUCCCAUUGGGCCUUAUCGUCGUCCCGGGAGACAGUGACCUGGAAACAUGCCGCUCUCACAUUGAGAGGCUACAGGAGGACAUCUCCUUUCAGCUACGCCCUCAGGGACUGGUGCUCCAGGAGGGGAGUGGGGCUAAAUCAAAAAUGCUGUCUUCACAGAAGCUUUCCCCAAAAUGGUGUUUUCUGGACUCUACAACAGCUGAUCGGUUUUACAGAAUUGACCGAGCACAGGAACACUUGAACUACGUGAUGGAGAUCUCACAGGAAGAACUUUUUAUCCUGGACCCCGAGCUGGUCGUCACGGAGACCAUGGGCACCUCCCCGGGCAUGCCUGACCUGGUGGACUCUUCCGGAGAGUGCCAGGCCACGACGCGGCAGUUUGCCUUCCCAUCAUCCUCCUGUUCUCCACCCACCUCCCCGAUCCCGAGGAUCCAAGAGCUUCAGAGGUCCUCACAGAGGACGCAUCUCUCCAGUGACAGCUCGGUUACCAUGGCGCUGGCAUGCGGUGAUGCAGUGAGCUACACUAAGCCGGCCCUCAACAGGUCAGAGAGGAGCACCUUUUGCAAUACAGACACAGUCUCCACAGAGGCGCUGAUUGAGAGUGUGAAACGCAGGGACUACCAGAGGCUGAGGGAGCUUCACGUGCUGGGGGCGGACCUGGCAACACGUGACGCCCUGGGUCGUACGCUGCUCCAUCACGCCGUGGACGCGGGCAGCAAAGAGAUCGUCAGCACCCAGCGAUAUCUUGGAUGUUACAGAGGAAGAGAGUGGAGAGACAGUUCUUCACAAAGCCGCCUCGCUGUGCCAGAGGACCAUCUGCCAUUACCUGGUGGAAGCCGGGGCAUCGCUUAUGAAGACAGACCUACAGGGCGACACUCCAAAGCAGCGAGCAGAGAAAGCCAAGGACCAGGAGCUGGCUACGUACCUGGAGAACCGGCAGCACUACCAGAUGAUCCAAAGGGAGGACCAGGAGACGGCUGUUUGACUACCCAUCCCCAUUUCACUGGUGCCUCACUGUCGACCAAAAAAAUGAAUAAAAAAUGUAAAACAUGGAAUGUGUAUGAUGGCGAGGGUGUUUGCAGCCAGGGGUGCUGCUACGGCGGGGCGCUGCCACAGGGUGGGCCCUACAGGCCACAGUUAGGCCGUGACUGCGAAGGAGGCAGCUCAGUUAUGGGCUCUUCUUUGACUUUUAUUGCACUGCCAUGGAAAGCACAGUGCUUUUGUGUUGCAUCCCAAUGCCCCAAAGCCCUCUUCUCAGAUGCCAUUGCGUCCCAGGCUAAUGCUGAUUCCAUGGCGGCACCUCCACCACAGAUUGAUUGUUAUGAUUUAGAGGGAAUUCGGGUGGGUUCCUAUAUUAGGACAGGUACAGUGUAUUUCAAUGCCAAAAUAGGUUCUAUUGUUCUGCUUCUAAAUUAGCCUGUGAAAUGCAACGUGUCCUCAUCCACAAAUACAGACGGGGGGGGGGGGGGGGGGCGGAUGCGCACAAAACCUCUGGAUUUAAAAGGGUUUUCUACGGAAGGAAAUGAGGGCAGUUUUCUGGAAUGUUGACCAGCCGUGAUGUUGACGCGGCCAAAUGCUCAUUUGAGAGGGCGAUGCUUGUUUAGUCAAUUUGUAUGGCUCAGCUUUAUUUAUAAGGACGUUUUUAGUGAUCUUAUGAUUUAUUUGUUUACUGAAAUUGCAGUAUGUUGAUUGAAGCUCAGUUCAAUCAAUUAGUCUUUAUUUAUAUAACACAUUUCAUACAGUGGCUGUAGCCCAAUGUGCUGCACAUGACCAAAAGACAAUGUUACUAAAAGAAAUGUUAAUCUGAUUUUUUUUUCUGAAGUAGAAAGAAGGUUCCCUAACCCUAACCAUUACAUAGAAAGCACUUACAGUUGGGUCUCCACUAGAGAAGUGCUGUAGCUUAACCAAAGAGAGGAGAAGGGGGUUAUCUGAUCAUUUCACAGCCAGGACCAAGAUUUCUGCACUUUUAGCCCAACAUUGACUCUUCCUUUCCAGAUAUCUCUAAACAGAACACAAGCCAUACUACAAUAGACACGGAUCAAACAUUUUUGCCUACUAGUUGUGAAUUCCUCAAGAAUAAAGUCUUUAUAUUCCUGUAGUUGUAUAUUUUCUUACGGAAUAUUUCAUAUUGACAUGACCCUCAGUGAGAGUAAGCAGCCUAGACAUUACUGAUUAAACUUUGCCGUGUGGUCAGUUUUGGUGUUAACGUCCCAUUGAUCUUCUGUUUGUGCACAUAAAGGCGUUUUCUUGUGCUUUGUGAUUAGGAUGCAGCGAGUGUGCAGGGGACGUUUGGUGCGGAUUGCAGCUGCUUUCCCCUCGUCAAGACUAAACUGAGUUAUUUUCUAUAUUUUCUCUACUUGCAAUGGAGUAGUGUUGUUUUUUCUUUCUUUACACAGUUAAUUUCAUCACACAAAUAUAAAAUCCAUAUUUUCAAAGUUGUAUGAAUUCACUGUAAUGGAAGCUUAUCUGUGAAAUCUGAGAGUUGUCCUGCAUUUCUGUUUAUCUGUGCAUGUGCAUGAGUCUCAGUGAAUAAUUUAAUUUAGAUAUUUUUGGGAGGGAGUUUGCUGUAGAAAUCAGAUAUAAUAACGGAGUGGUUAUAUUAAUUUAGAUUUGCCAAAAUCAGCAAUACAUAUUUGCGCCUUUCUUUUUUAUAUUUUAGUGUAAGUGAUAGCCUAAUUUACUUGUAAAUGCUACACAAAACUAAUAGCAAUUUAUUCUAACUGGGAUGUAAUGAGAUGCCUGGGGUAUUUUGUCCCCUGAUAGUCAGUGUAUAAAUAGACUAUUACCUCUACUUUGACAUUGUCCUUUUGAUAUAUUUAUUGUUGUAAAUGUUGUUUUUCAAGUUAUAUAAAAACAGGUUUAUCUUUCUACCAAAAUCUUCCUCAUCCCAUUCACAGCAAUGUAUCUGUGGCUGAAUGAUUUGUGUUCAUCCCAUCCCUCACGAAGACAAGCUACGCAUGUGACUGCACAUGUCCAAAAAUAAGGUCGCAAUACUAAAAUGUUGUCUCAAAUAAUAUAUUUGGGACAUAACUUUUAAAAUAAAAUCCAGCAAUAAUCUUCAGUGAACCAUAAACCGUGAUUUUCUGACAGCAAAUGAGGAGCUCUGGGCUGGUUUGUUGAGUGUAGCUCAGGGCUGGUUUGUUGGGUGGAGCUCAGGGCUGGUUUGUUGGGUGGAGCUCAGGGCUGGUUUGUUGGGUGGAGCUCAGGGCUGGUUUGUUGGGUGGAGCUCAGGGCUGGUUUGUUGGGUGGAGCUCAGGGCUGGUUUGUUGAGUGGAGCUCUGGGCUGGUUUGUUGGGUGGAGCUCAGGGCUGGUUUGUUGGGUGGAGCUCAGGGCUGGUUUGUUGGGUGGAGCUCAGGGCUGGUUUGUUGAGUGGAGUUCAGGGCUGGUUUGUUGAGUGUAGCUCAGGGCUGGUUUGUUGAGUGUAGCUCAGGGCUGGUUUGUUGGGUGGAGCUCAGGGCUGGUUUGUUGGGUCAGCAGAAGUUGGCCAUGCCACAUGUGACAUUGUGUAAAUUUUCUUUCAUCUUCACACACAUUUGUCCAUUUUCAACCCACCCUGUGAUUUUUCUGCCUCUGGUUAUUCUGAUUAAUGUUUGAGACUAUCGAAUAUUAAACAUAGUUCUUCCAUAACAUACCGGUUUCACAGUAUCGGAAUUCACAUUACGCUGACAAUAGCCAGAUAACUUCUCUUCAUUUAAGGAUAAGACUGAACAUUGUCACAGGUGACCUGUCUUUCAGCCAGUAUUCUGCAGUAUUUAAAUGAGUGAUGCUUCUACCUAAUUUAUACCUGUAGGACUAGUUCUCAAUCAUUUACAGGCUCCAAUUAAACAGCAAGUGUCACGUAACGGGUAGGGAGAACCCAAACGCAGAGUAAAGAAACACAAACUCAAAAAGGGAAAAUGAACAAAGACUUUACUUGCAACACGACAGGGCGGCCCAGCAAGGAAAGACAGAGACAGAAACACAGAACCAUGACAGCAAGAAUGUACACGCAGACCAUAAACUCAUAGGUGUCCAUUGCACUGAUUGGAGAUAUUCAGCACACAGGUCUGCACAGGUCACAGGUCCAUUUUUAUUGGGGUGGGAAAACACAGUUUUGAAGCAGUAGUAUGAUCAAUUUAAUUAUUUCUAAAGUUUCAGAAGAAUACAAAGUCUCAUGCCAGAGCCUUAUAGUGGUAUUAAAACCAAAUUAGGGCCAUAUCUGUGCUUUUGAUCAAACAUCUACACUUUAAUUUGGCCACAUUCAACAGAGAUGUCAUCAUUGCAACAUCCGGUCUCAAGUAAUUAUCAGUUUGGGUUCGGAAAAUGCAACACAUACACAUAUCAGUGGGAGCAGAAGCUGUUUGAUUUCCUGUUUCUUUCUAACUAAUAGUAACAUAUCUAGGUUCAUCUUGCAGGCUGUGUUCCACAUGACUGUCUUGUUACUGUGUACUUCCUGAUAUAGAUAAGUACUAAAUUUUUCAAAGUUAAAAGUCGGUCUAUGUCAAACGCUAAUCAACUAUUAAUUGCAAGUGUCCUAAACCAUCUUAACUUUUAGCCUUCUGCAUAAAUAAUGCAUACAUACAAAAUGCGCUGUAGACAGGUGGUUUUAAGUAACGAAGUACAUCAAAUAUUUUUUUUUUUAACUGGGUCUUUCAAUAUGUUGCUAAUCAGGAACAUUUUUCAUUUCAUUUUUUUCACGUUCCAUGGCUAAUUUUGAGUUGCUGUGGGAUUCAUAUUUAAUGCAUACAUAUAUCUGCAGCAUUUUAAAAGAGAAUGUGUGAAUAUCAGUGCAAUGCAGUGUUGGCAGAUAAAAAGGUUUUGUACGUAUGAAUACUGUAGUAACCGAAAUGAAAUGAAAGACUUGUUUUAAAUGUAAUGCAAUCUUGAGAUGUAUGUUUGUUUAUUGGGCUUGUUUUGUAACUGUCUGCUUGGAAACAAAUAAAAUAUUUGAAAUGCA